AUGGCACCUAGUGAUACGAGAACAGUUAAUAAAGAACCAUAUAAAUUCAUAUUCUCAAACUAUGAGAAGACUGUUGCUCCCAGCGAUUUGGAGGUAAUAAAAAACACAGCAUUGCUCUAUGUUUCUAAAGAAUACUCAACUAUUAAGCAUUUGCAAAAGGAUUUAGAUAGGCUCUUUAAAGGUGACGAUGGGGUUCUGUUUCAAUUCUUGGAAACAGAGCACCCUUUGCAUACGUUAUUCACUCAAUUUAUUAAACAAUACAGGGAUGUGAAGAAAGCACUACCUUUGACUAAAAAUGUAAUUAAAAACCCUGGGAAGGACUCUCAAAUUGAGUUAUUACAAAUGUGUUUUGACAGAGCUGAAUAUUACGAAUACUCAAGUGAACAGAAGUCAGAAGUGGAAAAGUUAAAACAUUUGGAAAAGGUUCAAUUUGCUUCUUUCGAGUGGAACAAAUUCGAGAUAAUUAAAGUAGUUAAUGAGGGAGCGAGUGUUAUAUAUAAGGAACCUCUUGAUUUCAAAAAGUUGCACCAAAGGAAUAUCAGAGAUUCCUUCCAAUCAAUAUUUAAAGAAUCAGCCAAAGAAGAAACGGAAGUGGAAACCCCAAGAGUUAAUAAAAGAAAAAUGAAAAUUAGAGCUGCAGGUGAAAUGAGGUUAAGAAAACUCAAGAAAAAUGACCGUAGUGAAAAGAAACAAAUUGAAUGUCCUAUUACUCAUAGACUGAUAGACGAGGACAAAUUUGACAGACAUUUACAAAUAUUACUAACUGAUCCAAAUUAUAAACAGGAAAGAGAUAAAUAUCAAGAAAAACAUCAUUUGUCAAACUUAUCGUUUGAUGAUAUCUAUGCCAAUUUGAAGAGGGUGGUUAAAAAAUAA